AUGGCUACUAAACCUGCCGGUUCAGCAAACACGCUGGAUAACAUAACACAACAAAUCGGCAAUACUCCCCUCGUGCGAUUGAACCGCCUUCCCCACAGUCUAGGAAUCGAUGCCACCGUCUACGCCAAGUUGGAGUACUUCAAUGCUGGUGGCAGUGUUAAGGACCGCAUUGCCCUUCGUAUGAUUGAAGCGGCAGAGCGCUCUGGUAGAAUCAAGCCCGGCGAUACCUUGAUCGAGCCAACCAGUGGUAACACUGGUAUUGGUUUGGCGCUGGUUGCUGCUGUCAAGGGCUAUAAGACCAUCAUCACUCUUCCCGAAAAGAUGUCGGCUGAGAAAGUGUCUGUUCUGCGUGCCCUGAAUGCAACUAUUAUUAGAACCCCCAACGAAGCUGCAUUCGAUUCACCUGAAUCCCAUAUUGGAGUCGCCAGGCGUCUGGAGAAGGAGCUACCCAACGCUCACAUCCUUGAUCAAUACGGCAACGAUGACAAUCCUAAUGCCCAUGAGUAUGGAACUGCCCAAGAAAUCUGGAGCCAGACCAAUGGUCAAAUUAAGGCGAUUGUGGCUGGUGCAGGAACUGGAGGUACUAUCACUGGUCUCUCUCGCGGUCUCAAGGGACACAACCCCGACGUCGAGGUGAUCGCUGCUGAUCCUUUCGGAUCUAUUCUUGCUCUACCAACCUCCCUGAAUGACUCCCAUGCCAAUGAACCCUACAAGGUAGAGGGUAUUGGUUACGACUUUAUCCCCGACGUUCUGGACCAGAAUGCUGUCGACCGGUGGUAUAAGACCGAAGAUAAGGAGUCUUUCUUGUACUCACGUCGUCUUAUCGCUGAGGAGGGUCUCCUUGUCGGGGGUAGCAGUGGAAGUGCUAUUGCCGCUUUGGUGAAGGCCAACCAGGAGAAGAAAUGGGCCAAGGGUGAUGUCGUGGUUGUUAUUCUUCCCGACAGUAUUCGAAGCUACCUCUCCAAGUUCGCGGAUGAUGACUGGCUGGCCGCCAACGACCUUCUAUCGGCCCCUCCUCCCAAAGAAUCCAAUAAUUCUCCGUUUUCGCCAGACCCUCUGGCCGGUGCAAAGGUCAGUGCUCUCCGUUUGAAACCAAUCACCGCGGUGACUUCCACCUUCUCGUGUGAAGCCGCUAUCGAGAUCAUGCGCGACAAAGGAUUCGACCAGCUUCCCGUGCUCGCAUCCUCUGGACGCAGGCUUGUAGGCCUUGUAACUCUGGGUAACAUCCUCAGCCGAUUGACCCAUGGUCGGGCCACUGGAAAGAGCCUUGUCACUGAGGUGAUGUUCGAUUUCUCCAAGAUUCCCGAGGUCGUCACCGACCCUCGUGACAUGGGCGUUGGUGAGCUCAAAGGCCCAAAACGUCGCCAGUUCAUAGAGAUCACAUUGGACACUCCUCUCAAUGUCCUCAACCGAUUCCUUGAGUGGAAUAGUGCCGCUGUAGUUACUGAGAAGGACGAGAGUGGCGCAUUGAAACCGCUGGCUAUUGUCACAAAGGUAGAUCUGCUUGGCUGGUUGCUCCACCAUGAUAAGGCCAGCGCGUAA